UCGAACCUCAAGUUUCACAUUCCCCCGUAUUUGACCCCUUUUCCUGCUGGAUUUGCGCAGCCCACUGCCUCAUUGAAGUCACUCAUCGUGACAGAUCAACAUGGUUAGAUCUGUGUGACACUUCAUCGCAGGCUGUGCCGCCUCCAUUGCGCUUAUCCUUGACCACGGCCACUCACGCACAUAUGGAUAUCGCCCCGAUCACUGACCACCUCAAUGAAGACAUCUUAAUCUUAAUACUGAUUUUCUGCGAUGCCCACGCCGUGCUCCAACUGUCAUCUGUCAACAAACUCUUCCACACCCUUGCUCGCUCGAAGCAAGUGUGGAUGACGCUUAACGCGGACAUCAUAGCGCGCAAUCUGACGGACGUCGUUCCGCCCUUGGCUCUUGAACAGCUCUCCGUUCCAGAGCUCAUCGCUGAGGCGCGCCGCGUUGCGCGUGGACCCUCAUCAUGGGCUGUGGGUUCAUUGCCUCAGGCUCGCUGUGUUCCUGCAAGAUCUAUAAGCCUCCCAUCGAUUUCUCUUGCCGAAGCCGAGCACACGCAGGUCCGACUUGUUCCAGGCGGCAACUAUGCGUUCCUGACCAGCGUACACGAGUUCCGAUGCAUCGAUGCACUCUCUGGUGAGGUCCUGUGGACAUGGAGCGGAGACUUGGUUUAUUACACGGAGAAGAUGGAGAUCGGUGGUAGGGUAAUUAAUCUGGUAAUAUUGUCGAGGGUGGACGAUAGAAGGACAGGCCUUGAGAUGUGGAGGCUGGACUUCUCUAGUUCCGUCUUGCAGCAGCAGAAGAUUCUCAACGUGGAUCUAAUCGGCGUCGCUUUCAACGACGCGGCCAAGGAAGCGAUCUUGGUCGUAAACUGGAGGCUUGCGUUGUGCGUAAUUAUCAAAACUCAGCCAUCAAGCUAUGCCCAAGACGUUAGCUUUGUUCCUAGACACAUGAUCUUGCUGAUGGCUUCUCCGGUCAAGCCACAUCACGCGACGCUCUUCAUCUUCUCCGUCGACGUUCUCGAUGGCCACUGGAGACCGUUCAAUCCUCUCUCCAGCGAAGAUAUCGCACUAGCUUCCAUGACUAGUCUCGAGCUUGAUGUCGACCAGGCAGUCUGCCGCAAAACGCUUGACGACUUCGAUCAUGCUGAGCAGUUGCUGCUGCAUAUGCGAAUGAACCCCCUCCGCCAUAACGCCUACACGAUCUUGAUUUACGGCUCGUUGUCUAACAAUGCUGCCGAGUCACAUGCUGCAGUGUUCACAUUCUACGUGUCGGUCACGGAUGGGAUACUGAAAUAUCGAACGGCAUCGGUCAAAACGGUUGCAAUGGUCGAGGAUCCGGCGCUGUCUUAUUCUUCAUACGCCCUGGACCCGGAGAGCGAAUGCCCGAGGCUGCUAGAUGUGUCCACUCUGGGCCGCGACGAUCUGGAUAUCGCAUCUUUCCGCCCAGGGGCUUUCCCGGAGCGGGUGAGCGAUGCGCGGCUAUCGUCGUUCGGCGGGACGAUCACCAUUCUUCAUGGCCAGACUAUGUUCAUCGAAACAUUUGUGUAGCUCGAUCUGUCCGAGUGAGAAUGUCUCAAUUUUACGAUUUUUUAUCUGG